ACAUUGACGUUUAUAGAUAAGGCUAAUUUUGUUGUUGUGCAGUUUAAAUUUUCUAUUCUUCGGUAUUUUUAUUUUAGGAAUAAUGAGGAUAAAGUCUACAAAUCACCUCUUUAUUAAUUCUGAUAUAUAAUAUUAAAACUUUUUACAGUUUGAUAAUAACCCAUUCGACUUAAAAUCGUAUCCAGGAUAGCAUUUCAAAAACAUGUUUAAUGCAAUGAAAUAGUAUUUAUUUUAGCAUAUAAUUGGUAAAAAGUAAAAUAAGCAAAAUGGAGGAGGAACUUAAGAAGUUAAAGUCUAUUCUACGCUCCCUAGUUGUCUCGAGUCCAGUGACGGUCAACAUGACAUCUUUGCUAAAAGACUACAGAGAGAUGGUUGGCUCUCCUCUUCCUUUGACCAAAUUUGGGUAUAGAGACCCCCUUAAGUUUUUACAAGAGCGAUGUAGUGAUUGUUUUUUAUUUCAAGGGCCUCAAACAAAUCCUGAAUUGAUAUUAAUAGUGCCAGAAACAUUGAAACAUAUUGAUAAGUUUGUACAGAAACAGAAGACAUCACCAUUUGUUAAAUUUAGGGGUAAGAGAAGAAGUGUGUUGGAAUCCAAUUUAAAACCAAAUUAUCAACAAACAAAUAAAGAGGAACAGCAAACAAUAACAAGCGUCAUAGUUCAGGAAGAUGAAAAAAAAGUCAUAGAAAAGGUACCUGGAGAAGAGGAGAGUAGAAUUACUAAUGGACAUCAUUCCCCUGAAGUGGAAAUAAAUUUGAAAAAAGUGCCGCCUACAUGCCAAAGCAAUCAGAACUUUAUAAAUGAAGUGGAAUCAACCAGGUCACAGGACUACAGUUCUGGACGGCAGACAUCUUCUAGUGGGAGGAGUUUGAAAGAAGCAUUAGAAGAAAUAAAAGAAGAGCUAAAAACCAUCAUCUAUGAACACCCAGAACCAGUAUGGUGUAGCGACUUACUGGAUUUGUAUAAGGCGCGGUACGGGCGUGAGCUGAACUUCGGGCGCUUCGGGUUCACGAGCGUGGCCGGCGUGGUGUGCCAGGUGGCGGGCGUGCGCGCGGCGCAGGCGGGCGGCGGCGACUGGCGCGCGUGGCCCGCCGCCGCGCCCCCGCCGCGCCCCGCGCCCCGCCCGCCGCGCCGCGCCCCCGCCCCCGCCGCGCCCGCGCCCACCGACGACGCGCUGCCGGGCGUCGCCUAUGAGCCGGACGUGUUUCCCGCGGACUGCAUGCAGUUGGGCGAGACGAUUUCGCAGCUGCCGCUGGACGACAUCCAGGAGGGGGACUACCUGGAGGUGAUGCUGGGCGAGGUGUACUCCCCCUCGCACUUCUGGAUGAUGCGGCUGGGCGAGGCGUACAACAUCGCGCUCGACGCCGUCAUGGACGAGAUGACGGAGUACUACUCGCGCGGCGCGGGCGCGGAGCGGCGGCUGGCGGCGGGCGCCGUGCGCGCGGGCCACUGCUGCGUGCGGCACGUGGACUACGGCACGGUGGAGACGUGCGGCGCGGCGGGGCUGCGCGCGCUGCGGCGGCGCUGGGCGCGGCUGCCGGCGCAGGCGGUGCGCGCGCGCCUGGCCGGCGCCGCGCCCGCCGCCGCGCGCGUGUGGCCGCGCCCCGCCGCCGCCGCCUUCCUCGCCGCCGUGCGGGAGCGCCGCCUCGUCGCGCACCUCCUGCGCCACCACCAGGUAAACCCUCUCUCCUCCCCUCUCACUUUGGUACCUUGUGUAAAUAUCGCUACAUUUUAUUUUUUAAGUUUAUGUAAUGACGUUACCGAUUUCCAGGAGGACAGAAUCCUCGAAGUGCUGCUGAUAGACACCUCUACCGAUGAGGACGUCUGUAUACAGUCGGAGCUGAUCAAAGCGGGCCACGCCGUCCUCCGCACGGCGCCCACCUCCUCGGAGAGUUACCUGUACCCGAAGUUCUCCGCGCUGGAGGACGGCCUCACGCCCAACUACGCUGAGAUCCACGCCUACAUUCGCGACGGCGUCAUGCUCGACUUCGUGGAGGACGGCGCGGUGAGCAUCCCCGCGUCGGAGUGCGAGAUCUUCGCGACGCUGAGCCGCGUGGACCCGGCGGCGGCGCAGCGCUACAUGCUGGACGCGAUAGCGCGCGCGAUGGCGGGCGGCUGCACGAGCACGACGGCCAGCGGCGCGCGCCCGCGCAGCUCCACGCUGGACCCCAACGCGCCGGAGUACCGCGCCGCGGGCUCGCCCGCCGCCCCCGGCAUGCGCCCCCCGCCCGGCUUUGAAAAGAAAUGA